AUGAUUAUCAUAUUCCAAUUAUUUUAUAUAGUUCAUACUUUAUAUUUAUUGGAAUUAAGAUAAGAUAAAAUAUUCAUAAAUUUAGAUGCUUCUCAUUAAGCUUAUAUAACUUUUUAAGGUGUAGUCUCUUACAUUUAGGAUGAAAAUUAAUAUUUAGAUUGUCCUUAUCAAUUGUUAGCCUGUUGGUGUUAAAUAAAUAGUAAUAUUGAGAAUGAGAAAAAUCUUUAUUAAUUAAAAUUAGGCAUGUUUUAAGUUUAUGAUGAUGGAAAGCAUUCUUAAAAUACUGAAAUAAUUACUUUUUUUCAUAAAUUCAUGGAAGAUUUAGAUGAUGACACACAAAAUAACUUUAUAUCAUUAAAUCCUUUCUCAUCAUAUUUUAAUUCAUUUGUUUAUUAUGGGUAUUCUUUAUGUAUUUCUAAAGAAGAUGCUUAUUUAUAAACUAUGUAAAAUGAAUUUUUACACAAAAAGGAAUCUCAAAUUUUAGGAAUAAAAAGUAAAUUUUAUUUUGAAGAAUCACAAUUUUCAAUAAGAAUUUCUUAUAUAUAAUAUGGUUAGAAUAUUUUUGAUAUUUCAAAUUAUUCAAUUUUUUUAGAUUUUUAAUAUGAAACUAAUUUUUUUCCCAAUGAACUUAUGAAGUAAAUAGUUGAAAAAUCAUUUCCUAAUGAAUUUUAAGAAUUUUAAUUUAUAGAUGAUCAAUUAAAUUAUUUUAGAAAAUCUAAUAUUUAUAGAGUUGAUACACUAGAACCUUUAAAAUUUUAUAAUUAUGCAAAUUAACCUUUGAUUAUGCUGCCUGAAGAUUAUAUUGAAUAUAAUUUUAAAGAAAAAGAUGUUGAUAUCUUGAAAUUAGCUGGAGAAAAUUAAAAUUCCAAGAUUAUUUUAGGUAGAAGUUUUCUUAACAAUAAGAUAAUUCAUCUUUCUUCAUUAACAUCAGAAAUAUUUAUUGAAUAAUUAUCUAGAGAUAUAUGUAACAUAUAAUAAGUUCAAAAUGAUUCAAUUUUUAAUCAUCUUAUUUCUUAAGUUAGCAUAAUAUUUAUUAUCAUAAUAUUUUUUUAUGCAAUAUUUAGAAAGAUAAGAGCAUAACGUUUACUUAAGAACUAAUUAAAAAUAGUUGAAUCAUAACUUAUUUUAAAAUUAUAAGAAGUAGAGGUUCUAAAUGAUAAUAUAUAAUAAUAAUGAUUAUAUAUUUAUUAUUUUAAUUAGUCUUAUCCUUUGAUCUUCCCAAACAUACAUACAUUAUUAAGUAAAACGAAAACACACUGAAAUAUUUUAUUGUUUUAGAUAAUAAAGAAUACAUUAUAGAUUUAAAUAAUGAUUUUAGUGUUACUGAUAUUAAAGGAACAAUUCAAGAAUGCAAUAUGAAUUAUUAAUGUCAAUAUUGUGAUUAAGUCUGCCAAUAUACAUUUAUAGAUUAGUAUGAUUAAGAGUCGAAUGGAACACUUUAAGAAAUAGUGAUUGAGAUUGAGAAUAUUAAAGGAAUAAGAUAAAUUGAAGAAUUUAUAGCUUUACAUUCUGAUAAUAAAAAUUAAUUAGGAUUAGGAAUUAAUAGACUAUGUACCGAUUUAAUUAUAUAAGUCAGAAUAACAUUAAAAUUAUACAAUUCCCCAAAAUACAUUUUUAUCGAAUGUGGUCUCUAUAUGUUUUUCAUCUAUUGGCUUUAUUCAUAAAUCAACAUAGAAGAAUAUAGAAAAUGCAAUAACGAUACCCUAUUAAUAAAAGGGAAACGUUUACUCUUUCAAAUUUAAAUAAAUAAAAUUGGGUUUCAAUUCAAUAAUUAAUAUUGAA